AUGGCCUCGGCCGAAACGACUUCGACAGCAUUGACAAAAUGCUUGCACGAGGCUCUCCUUGAUUUACACCAGUCCUCGUACCCACAUGUCCCGAAUCCUCCAGAGUGCACAAGACGAGCUGCAGUUGCUCUCAUUCUUCGCGUUCGUCCCAACUAUAAUCGCUGGCCACAAUCUCCACAUGCGCCAGCUGCCGCAUCCGAUCAACCUAUUUCGGUAUCACAACAACUUGACGAUUUCUUUGCCCAAGACUGGGUGAAGCAUGGCGAUCCCGAAGCCUUAUUUAUAAAGAGAGCAUCGAGAGUGGGAGACCGCUGGACCGGUCAUGUGGCACUUCCUGGAGGCAAAAGGGACCCAGAGGAUGCUGACGACAGGGCGACUGCAACCCGGGAGACAUGGGAAGAAAUUGGUCUCGAUUUGAAUGCAGAAAAUGCGAUACCUGUUGGUAAUCUUUCUGAGCGCGUGGUGACAACCUCGUUUGGAAGGACUCCCUUGAUGGUCUUGUGCCCUUUUAUUUUCUUACUUACCACAAGCAAUUCUCCGUCACUCAAACUUCAGCCAACCGAGGUGGCUUCGACACAUUGGGUCUCCUUGAGAGCUUUACUUACGCCCCCGUUACGGACUGUUGAGCUUGUCCAUGUUUCGGACCGCUAUGCAAAGCAAGGUGGAUUUAUCAGUCGCCUGGCCACACGUUGGAUGACUGGCAAGAUGGAAUUUUCUGCUCUCAAACUAAUUCCAACUGAGAGCCUGUACUGCAGCUCCGAGCCAGGCUUUCUCCCAGACCCCAACCCCCAAGAACCGGCCUCACUCUUCGGGACAUUAGGAAUAUCGCCUUCUGAGGCCACUUCAUCUGAAAAAGCCCGAGUACUUUUACUGUGGGGGCUGACGUUAGGAGUAAUGGCCGAUUUCUUAGAAAUGUUACCGCCGCACAAUGCUGUGGAGUUGUGGAAGCACCCGACUUUUACUGCCCCCGACCUUCGACUUCUCGUUUCUAUUCUGACGUACUCAAUUCGCAAGAGAAAUGCGCAAAAGGUCAAGAGCGUCAGGCGGUCUAGCGAAACGGCUGCUGAUGAUACGACCAUUGCUCUGAACCUCGAUGAAACUCUUCUUGCUGCUGGAAAUAAUGAUAGUAUAGACAAGGACGCAGUAGGGGGCCAUCAGCAUGCCACUGGCAUUCUAUUGCAGGGAUAUUACGAUCGCCUAAGGGUGGCAAUUGCGAUAUUUGCUGCUUGGCGAUUGCUUGCAGGGUCAGUUGGGUCAUAUUAUUUGUUCAACUGGGUACGACGCCGCUAUUUGCAACAGGCGUUCGUAAUGCCGAAGCUUGUCCAUUACAAUCCUCGCUUCUCUUUCUUGCCGUCCGGGGUCGCUCUGCAUCGGGCGUCGAUCCGAAACCAACUUCUUCGGCCGCUGCGAUGUCGUCGUCGCCCGUUUACCCAGGCAACCAGAAAGCCACUCGCGCGGGCACAUGAUGCGAUCCUCGAUGAUGUGUUUUUUUCUCGGACGAAUACGACUACUCUUUAUUCCGGUACUGGAACGCGACACGGCGUCGGACACAUUCCUGGGAUAGAAGGCGGCGGCUCAGACGGAGAUCGCAAGCCGCCGGAUGAACGGGUCCUCAAGCUUGGAAAGACCCUACGAAAACUAUCGCCUCUCCUUCCGACCAUCCUAAUCAACCCACUUCCGAGUGAACUGCUCUCCCCGCAGAUCACACUACAUCUUUUCCCCUCGACACACCCACAUCUACCCAAUGUCAAGGGCCGCGUUCUCUAUCGUGCAGCUCUUUGGACGGUGCCCGUCGCCUGGAGCAGUCUCCCGCUUCUCGGCAAUGUCAAGCUCCAGGUCACCAGCGAGCGAAUGGUGCGCGCAAACUCGGUGUUGGGAUGCGAGCAUGCAGCAGACUGUGGUGAUGAGAGACUUGUUGUCCGAUGGAGAACAGAGCCGCGGGAAAACCACGUUAAUCAAAGUACCACCCGAAGUACUAAUACCCCGGCAUUGGAAUCUACUUCCUCCCAGCAGCCAAUGUCCAUCCCACCUGACGGCUUGAGCACCAGCUCCCGCUCCAAGGCCGGCGUGAACAAAAGUCUCAGCAGGCUUCUCGGUGGAGACGCGCCUAUCUUUUCGCUGGGCAAGGAAGGGCAGUUUGAUGGGCUGUUUAUUUUCGCAUUCGAUGAACAAGGGCGCAUUGCAGGCCACACUAUCGAGCAUGCCGACCAGGCAAACGGGUGGGAUCGCACUGCGAAAUUCGUCACACUGACGGACUGGCUACUAGGGAAAGCAUGGGGUACCAUGGAGCCCCCGACGCCGUCUUUGGCUGCUCAGGCUUGUCGUGACUUUAACAACAGUAGUUGUGACCGACGACAGGCAUUGCAGAAGACUUCAGAUCUACGAGAUCGGAAAUCGAAUUCAUAA